ACCCUGGCGGCCAAGUGACGUGGAAUUGUGUUGUGUCAACUUGAUGCAAAUGCAAUGCUAGAGCGUGUAAACCUGGUCGUGUUCAAACUGCCGGAUCGGAAGCGUAGCUAAAAUGUUGGACUUUGUGGUGAUAUUCACCAAGGGCGGCGUGGUGCUGUGGCACUCGUCUGCCUCCGAAGGCAGCUUCGUCUCCUGCAUAAACAGCCUGAUACGUGGCGUCAUCCUGGAGGACCGGAACACAGAGGCCAAGUACUUCGAGGAGGACCACCUGGCCGUACAGUUCAAGCUGGACAACGAACUAGACCUGGUCUACGCGGCCAUUUUCCAGAAGGUGAUCAAACUGAACUACCUGGACGGCUUCCUGGCGGACAUGCAGGCGGCCUUCAAGGACAAGUUUGGCGGCAUUCCGUCCUCGGAGCGACUGGGCAACGAGUACGACUUUGAUCGGGAGUACCGACGCAUGCUCAGUGCCGCCGAGGAGGCAUCCGCCAAGCAGGUGAAGGCCCCCAAAGCCAUGCGCUCCUACAAUGAGUCGCAAAAGUCAAAGAAGACCGUUGCCUCGAUGAUCCAGGACGACAAGAAGCCGGUGGAGAAGCGGGUCAACAUCCAGGAGAGCCCACCGCCCUCCAAGUCGCAACCAUCGUCGCCGCCAGAGAACGGGGCCUCCAUGGACGAUAUUAUACGGGAGAAUCGGCGUAAGCUGCGCGAGAAACUCACGCCCACCAAGAAGACCUCGCCGGGUGAUCCCCGGCCCAGCAAGUCGACGGCCUCCGAGAAGGCCGGCAAGAAGCCGCGCGUCUGGGAUCUGGGCGGCAACUCCAAGGAUGCCGUCAUGCUCGAUCGCUCCAAGGAUACGCCCGAGGAUGUGCAGUACCAGAACAUCAAUAGCGAGCUGGUGGGCACUAUGCAGGGCGUGAUCCGUGACCUGGACGUGGAAAGCGAUGACGAUGCGGAGAACGAGGAGGAGUCCUCUGAGGAGGAGGAGGAGGAGCUGGUGCAGUCCAAGAAGAACAAACGCGGUGGCCUGCUCUCCUACUUCAAGGGCAUCGUGGGCGCCAAAACCAUGUCGCUGGCCGAUCUGCAACCGGCGCUGGAGAAGAUGCGCGACCAUUUGAUAUCAAAGAACGUGGCCACAGAGAUUGCGGCCAAGCUGUGCGACUCAGUGGCCACCAGUCUGGAUGGCAAGCAGAUGGGCACCUUUGACAGCAUCGCCAGCCAGGUGAAGGAGGCCCUGACCCAGUCGCUGGUGAGAAUCCUCUCGCCGAAGCGGCGCAUCGACAUCAUUCGAGAUGCCCUGGAAUCGAAGCGUAAUGGCCGUCCGUACACGAUCAUCUUCUGCGGCGUGAAUGGCGUGGGCAAGUCCACCAACCUGGCCAAGAUCUGCUUCUGGCUGAUCGAGAACGAUUUCAAUGUUUUGAUCGCCGCCUGCGAUACGUUCCGCGCCGGUGCCGUCGAGCAGCUGCGCACACACACCCGCCACUUGAAUGCCCUGCAUCCGGCGGCCAAGCACGAUGGCCGCAACAUGGUGCAGCUGUACGAGAAGGGCUAUGGUAAGGAUGCGGCUGGCAUUGCCAUGGAGGCCAUCAAGUUCGCCCACGACACUCGGGUGGAUGUGGUGCUCGUGGACACUGCGGGACGCAUGCAGGACAAUGAGCCACUGAUGCGCUCGCUGUCCAAGCUGAUCAAGGUGAACAACCCGGAUCUGGUGCUCUUCGUGGGCGAGGCCCUGGUGGGUAACGAGGCCGUCGACCAGCUGGUCAAGUUCAACCAGUCGCUGGCCGACUACUCCUCCAACGAGAACCCGCACAUCAUCGACGGCAUCGUGCUGACCAAGUUCGACACCAUUGACGACAAGGUGGGCGCCGCCAUCUCCAUGACCUACAUCACCGGCCAGCCAAUUGUGUUCGUGGGCACGGGCCAGACGUAUGCCGACCUCAAGGCCAUUAACGUGAACGCUGUGGUCAACUCCCUGAUGAAGUAGUACCCUCCAUAGGGGAACCACCACCACCUAUCCUUUCCACCUCCCUUCAAUGCUCUUUGUUUACAUCUCCAUCUGACCGAAUCAAAUACAGUGCUUUUGUCUAUUUUGUUGUUGAGUAA